GCCUCGGGGCGGGAUGAGCACGCAGAGACUCACUGCAGCCCAACGCGGGAGUCCGGAGUGACGCUGCCGGGCAGCAUGGCUCGAAAGCGCCCUGCAGGUGGAAGGCGGCGGAGGCGCGGCCGGGAAGCCGAGGACAACAAAGCAGCCCGGCGCGAGGAGAGCGAGGCGGAUGACUUUGAAGAUGAGAAACAGAAACCCCCAAAGAAGUGCCUUGUCUCCAGAGUUUCCCAAGGAAAGAGGAAGAGAGGCUGCAGAGAUUCAGGAGACCCCGGAAAAGGUCCUGCAAAAAAGAAAGCGACCAAAGCCACUGCUAAAUCUAAGAAUCUCAAGGCUCCGAAGGAGGAAGCCCUCAGCGAUGGAGACGACCGGGACGAUUUCAGGGAGUCUCCAGGUGACCGCAAGAAGGCGAAGAAACAGCCAAAGAGAGAGGUGGUGGACAGAGACAGCGAUGAUGACGACAGUGAGGAUGACUGGGAGGAGGUGGAAGAACUUGCUGAGCCUGUGCUGGACACGGGAGAAAAUUCUGCCACCUCACAGUCUGUCCUGCCUGUGAAGGCAGUGGAGAUAGAGAUUGAGACACCGGAGCAGGUGAAGGCACGUAAGAAAAGUGAGAAGAUAAAGAUGGAGCUUGAGACGUACCUGCGGAGGAUGCUGAAGCGCUUCAAUAAGGAAGUUCAGGAGAACAUGCACAAGGUUCACCUGCUGUGCCUGCUGGCCAGUGGCUUCUAUCGAAAUAACAUCUGCCGUGAGCCAGAUCUGCUGGCCAUUGGCCUCUCUAUCAUCCCAACUCGCUUUACCAAGGUGCCACUUCAACACAGGGACACCAUCUUCCUCUCAAACCUGGUGAAAUGGUUCAUUGGAACCUUCACAGUCAAUGCGGACCUUUCAGCCAGUGAGCAGGACAGCCUGCAGACAACCUUGGGGAGGAGAAUUGCCAUUUACUCCGCGAGGGAUGAUGAGGAGUUGGUCUAUAUAUUUCUUCUGAUUCUUCGGGCGCUGCAGCUGCUCACCCGACUGGUGUUGUCUCUCCAGCCCAUUCCACUGAAGCCAUCUGUAGCAAAGGGGAAGAACUUGUCCGCGGAGACAUCGUUAGAGAGUCCUGGAGGCUCUUCAGAAACUUCCAGUAAAGUUCCAGAAAGCCGCAACACACCCAAGACCAGCAAAAGAAUCAAACAAGAGGAAACCUUUUCUGAGGACAGUGACAGGGCGGAUGCCAGAGGGAAGAGAAGCAAGGCCACUGCGGGCAGCAGGCGGCAGAGAAAGCCCUCCUGCAGCAAGGGAGAGGAAGCCAAGCAGAAAACCCAGGGCCGUGCGCGUGCCCGGGCACGGCGGGUGACUGCCAAGGUGUCUUACAAAGAGAGUGGGAGUGAAGAGGCAGGCAGUAGUUCUGAUUUCGAACUCUCCAGCGGAGAAGACCAGCAUUCCUCUGAUGAGGAUAGUGAGCCCGGCCCGCGGAAGCAGAAGAGGGCCCCAGUUCCUCAGAGGUCAAAGGCCAGGUCUAAGAGUGCCUCCAAGACACAGCGUGGGCCACCAAGCUUUCCAGCAGCAUCUUCAAGCUCUUCAGGCAGUAAGAGAGGCAAGAAGGUUUCCAGUGGUGGUGAAGAGACAGGAGACAGGAAAGCUGCUGGUGUAGACCAGUGGCUGGAGGUGUUCUGUGAGCCACAGGCAAAGUGGGUGUGUGUGGACUGUGUGCACGGUGUGGUGGACCAGCCUUUGACCUGUUACAGAUAUGCCACCAAACCCAUGACCUAUGUUGUAGGCAUUGACAGUGAUGGCUGGGUCCGAGACGUCACUCAGAGGUAUGACCCAGCCUGGAUGACGUCAACCCGCAAGUGCCGGGUUGAUGCUGAGUGGUGGACAGAGACCUUGAGACCCUAUCAGAGCCCACUUACGGAGAGGGAGAAGAAGGAAGACCAGGAGUUUCAGGCAAAGCACCUGGACGAGCCUUUGCCCACUUCCAUUGGCACAUAUAAGAACCACCCUCUAUAUGCCCUGAAGCGUCACCUCUUGAAAUUCCAGGCCAUCUACCCUGAGACAGCUGCAGUCCUUGGGUAUUGCCGUGGAGAAGCUGUCUACUCCAGGGAUUGUGUGCAUACUCUGCACUCCAAGGACACAUGGCUGAAGCAAGCAAGAGUGGUGCGGCUUGGAGAAGUGCCCUACAAGAUGGUGAAAGGCUUCUCCAACCGUGCCCGGAAAGCCCGGCUUUCGGAACCCCAGCUGCAUGACUACAAUGACUUGGCCCUUUAUGGUCACUGGCAGACAGAGGAGUAUCAGCCCCCUGUGGCCGUAGAUGGGAAGGUGCCUCGGAAUGAGUUUGGGAACGUGUAUCUCUUCCUGCCCAGCAUGAUGCCUAUCGGCUGUGUCCAGAUGCACCUGCCCAACCUGCACCGUGUGGCCCGCAAGCUGGGCAUCGACUGCGUGCAGGCCAUCACUGGCUUCGAUUUCCACGGAGGCUACUGCCAUCCAGUAACUGAUGGCUACGUUGUCUGUGAGGAAUUCCGAGACGUGCUGCUGACUGCUUGGGAGAAUGAACAGGCCAUCAUUGAAAAGAAGGAGAAGGAGAAAAAGGAGAAGCGGGCACUGGGGAACUGGAAGCUGCUGGUCAGAGGACUGCUCAUCAGAGAGAGGCUGCAACUCCGAUACGGGGCCAAGAGUGAGGCAGUAGUUCCCCAUGGAAAUGCGGGCGGUGGACUCUCUUCUGAUGAAGAGGAAGGGACCAGCUCACAAGCAGAAACAGCCAGAGUUCUGGCUGCCUCCUGGCCACAAAACCGAGAGGCUAAAGAAGAGCCGAAGCCUGAGUACCGUAAGAUGACCCGGAAGAGGCGGGCGGCAGAGGCUUCCCAUCUCUUCCCAUUCGAGAAGCUGUAGCGAGUGUUCACCAGGCCAGGUGGCAAUUCUUGUCUGCUGAGAAAGGCAGACAGCGGAUGGCCUGGGGACUAUAGGCCAAGUGGAAGUUAUGCUGCAGAUCGGUCUGAUGCCAGCCCAGCCAGAUCCCCAUGAGGUGCUGGAAGCUGCCUAGAACCCACUCUGGGGUCUGGAACACUUUCCUGGGGGAUCCUUUCUGACCCUGGACCUUCGUAUUCCCAUCUUUGGAAAUGUGAGUUUGUUUUAGAGAGUCUUAUCUGUUGCCCUAGCUGGCUUCAAAUUCAAAAUCCCCCUGCCUUAAACUGGGGGCUGAUACUACAGGCAUAUGGCACCAUGCCUUGGCUGUUUUUUUACAUUUGCUUUUUAAAUAGAAAUCACUGGGAAAUUCUGGGUAUGGGAGCAUUGAGGACAUACCCUCCUUCUCUAAUGCCGUUCACACCUGGGAUGCUCUGCUCUCCUCUCCUGCAGGCCCAGGGCAUUUACUUUUUAUGCUUACUUUUCCCGAGUCAGGUUUCCAGUACUGCCUGGUGCUCUUUUGUCAGAGGGGCAGGCCAUCUCUUGUCAAGGCAUUUUGGGAUUGAUUUUACAGUAGCAGAAGACUAGAACAACGAGCUAAAAUCAAGAAAGGGAAAGCAAAGGGAGAAUAUGAAAACGUUAGUAAAAGAUUAGUUAGACUACAUUUUAUUCGGUUCUGGAUACAUUUACUUAGCUGGUAUAUGUCAUCUACUCAGGAGAAAAAGCCCUUUUAAUAAAAUCUUUACAGAAAAUAAAGCAUUUACCUAAACGUC